AUGCCUCUUUCACUAAACCUCACCCCACCCCACCUCACUCCACCCCAAUCCCAACCCAUUACCACUACAGCUCCAUCUCGAGAGAGUCAACGCAAUUCUGUGAGUCCACAUCGACUUGGCUAUUCACUUGAACUCGUAAAUCUUGGUUGUCGAACAUGGACCGCGUCCGAUUUAUCAUAUUCCUCGGCUUUCAAUCGCAGCCGAGAUUCUGCCUCGCGUAAGACGAAAUACUCAAUGCACCACACCUCUCUCUCAAUCUCUUCCUGCAAUCCGCUGCAUUCUUCCCCUGUCUGUUGUUGCAUGAUGAAAGUACGCAUUGCAAACGAACUAACAGUGUUGGCUAUGGGUGGUGCCAAUGGUGCUUCUUGUACUACCACGCAGUUAAUCCCUCCUUUAAACCUCACUUUCCUUGCAGUUUUAGCUCAAAGUUUUCGACGCACGAUUGGGUAUAACUCUGCGGGACUCAGACCCGGGUAUACUGCUGGUCAACUUUCGUUGGGCUCAUCAAAGACUUCUAGCAUCCCUGGCCCGCAAUGCUUUUCGUCUCCAGGACUUGAUACACCUCAUAAUGGUUAUGCUGCAAAUGGAGAAAUUAAUGGAAGUAAGUAA